UUUCUUUUUGUUUUUUUUCUUUUCUCUUUUUUUCUUUUUUUCUUUUUAUUAUUAUUAUCUUAUAUAUUUAUAUACCAUGACCUCACUUGCCACCAAGUUUAUGGAAAAGAGGGUCAAGAAGUACGCAUCAGUACAAGCAGCAGAUAUUCUUAAUCCAAAACAACAAUUUAUCAAUGAUCCCGAAAUCAAAGCAGCCCAAGAAGAAGCCGCCAAGACAACCAAACGACAUUGGUGGAAACGACAACAACAACCUGAUAUUAUUCUUAGUGAACGAGAUCGUCAAGUACUUCGAGCUGUCAAACGUCGUGCUACUUAUCUUGAUAAAGGUUGUUCUUGUUGUUGUUUUUCUUUUGGAUUUGAUUUUAUUAUAGGCUUGAUUCCUGGUGUUGGGGAUGCCAUAGGUUUGAUUUUGGGGUUGGAACUCAUCAAAGUGGCAUCACGCGCUGAUUUACCGAAACAUAUUCAAAUACAAAUGGUUAUCAAUGCAGUGAUGGAUUUCUUGAUUGGAUUGACACCUUUUGUAGGCGAUCUCUUGGAUGCUGUCAUCAAAAGCAAUUGGCGCAAUGCAAUGAUCUUGGAAGAUUAUUUGAUGUUACGACGACGGGAUGAAAUCAGAAUAGAAAGAGGUCAUCAUAAUGAACCUAGCGGUAGUGGUACGUCAAAUGAACCAGCACAACAAGUUGAUUUACACAAUAAUGGCUCUCCACCCAUACCAAACGAACAUCAUUUGAAAGGUAAACCUUAUGGCUCUUUCUUACCACGGUUUUGAUCUUUGGUGAUAUUUAUAGUUACAGCCGGAUGAUUCCUCAUGUGUUUGAUGUACAAAAACAGAUUCAUUCACUAAAUCUUUAUAUUUUUUUUCUACCUGUCAUCUUUUGUGUUACAUCAAUUCAUUUUUUUUUUAUCCCAUUCAUCAAUGUUGUUCUACUUUACAUCCUCUCUUCACAUAUAAUGUUUGAAUAAAAAUACGCUUGAAUUGAUACUGAUCUAUCUUUAAAACUUUU